UGCAAAAGCUGCGAAUUUGUUAAUGUGACUUUACAUUUUAUGACUCACUACAGGGCGGCUAGUGUGUGUUUUUUAGGCUCAAACAGGCAGCAAAACAAUGUUAAAAAGACGUACCUUAAUCUUGUCUUGUCGCCUUGUCUUCCCGGGUCAAAGUGUCUUUUCCUGGCCGUGCCUCACUGGCUAAAUCGUUGUUAAUUUGAUGCGAGUGGCGGCAGACGUUUAGAUUUGCAUAACUGACACAGGUUUUAAUGCUCCUCUGCUCCACUUUCUUGACGUCAGAGCCAGUUUUUAAGAGGAAGGAAGGAAGGUAGGCGGUGGCUCGUUCCGACAAGACAACCCGGAAAAGAGUCGCUAGCAAGCGGGGAGGAGGAACCAACAGGACGCGUAGACACGCGGUGCGUUCGAGUGCAAUCCCACCAUUUGAGCUUCUCUCGUGCAGAAAAUGAAUAAAUGAAUUAAUAAUAGGUAAAUUACUAAGUUCAUGGCCACACGAACAUAUUUACAACACGCAUUUGCCGCACAACAAAAAAUCUCCAUUCACACGAUGACGUUUAAAAAAACUAUUUCUAUUCACACCAAUGGGCAUGCCAGAGUCAUUGUGGCGCCGCAGAGUGGACUGUUAAAGGCAAUUUCAGCCAAUCAGAAGCGCAGUGACGUCAUUUCCGCAGUCAAACAACAACAAACAUGGCGAUUCGCUUAAACUACGGCUGUGUCUGCAUCCUACUCGGCCGGUAGCCUGCCCGUUCGACAAAGACCAGACGGUUGUGAAUACAAAAUAAUAUUAACAUAAACAAAAAAUAGAAAAAGAUACAAAUUAAGGGAUAACGCUUGAAACAAUAGAAAAAAUGUCACUAAUGCUUGUCCUUCAUAUGAAUUGUUUUUAGGACGUUCUCCAAUGUAUGAAGGGUUGACUCAUAUAAUAUUUUCAAAUAUUCGGUUUACAUGACAUGAAUGUGGAAUUUGCCUGAUAAAGAUAUUUCACAGCAUUCUCUAAAUCUUUAUGAAAGUUACAUUGUAGAAACUUACGGCUUUAGGCAAUUAAACUAGGUUAAGUUUUUGUAUUCAACAUUUUUACUCUGAUUUUUACACUUUUACUGCAAAUGAAUAUCACCUCCAAAUAUCAGUUAUCUGCCUCCUUAACUACUAAUAAUUGGGAAUCGGUCCUGAAAAAAACGGUAUCAGUCAAUCUGUAGUAUUUAGCAUGCUAAUAUAUGACUAAUUCAUCCUUUCAGCCUGCCGUGAAGUUUGUAGUGCUCCGUCUGUCCGCACCAGUAUGAGGCCAAUCCAAACAAAUGCUGUCCUGUGUACUUCUGUCAUCUCAUCCGCUCCGACAAGCUGCUAACGUUUUGGUCUGUGGUGCAUCAAAUCACCACACAGCUGGCAGCUCGCUCUAGUGCCCAGCCUGUCAUGCGGCAGAUGAACCCACAGGCUAUGCGGAUAACCCAGCAGUCUACCUGGUUACUCAGCUAGGUCGGCUAAUUCUGUUCAGCUGGCUUGUCUCUCAUUGUUGCGGAGUCACAACAGUGUGACGUUUUGUACCAGAAAAUGCUGCCGCUUAUCCUCACAAGGGUCGCGGGUGUGCUGGAGCCUAUCCCAGCUGUCUUCUAUACCCUGGACUGGUGGCCGGCCAAUCACAGGGCAAAUAUAGACAAACAACCAUUCACACUCACAUUCAUACCUAUGGACAAUUUGGAGUCGCUAAUUAACCUAGCAUGUUUUUGGAAUGUGGGAGGAAACCGGAGUACACAGAGAUGGCCGAGGGUGGAAUUGAACUCUGUCAACUAGCUGUGAGGCCUACAGGCGACCCGCUCUUCCGCCAUGCAACCAGGUGAUUAUAUCAUUCAUUCAUUUUCUACCGCUGUUCCUCACGAGGGUCGCUGGGGGUGCUGGAGCCUAUCCCAGCUGUCUUCGGGCGAGAGGCAGGGUACACCCUGGACUGGUGGCCAGCCAAUCACAGGGCACAUAUAGACAAACAACCAUUCACACUCACAUAGACAAUUUUGGAGUCGCCAAUCAACCUAGCAUGUUUUUGGAAUGUGGGAGGAAACAUACAAACUCCACACAGAGAUGGCCGAGGGUGAGAAUUGAACUCGGGUCUCCUAGCUGUGAGGCCUACAGACGAUCCGCUCUUCCGCCAUGCAACCAGGUGAUUAUAUCAUUCAUUCAUUCAUUUUCUACCGCUUUUCCUCACGAGGGUCGCUUGGGGUGCUGGAGCCUAUCCCAGCUGUCUUUGGGCGAGAGGCAGGGUACACCCUGGACUGGUGGCCAGCCAAUCACAGGGCACAUAUAGUCAAACAACCAUUCACACUCACAUUCAUACCUAUGGACAAUUUUGGAGUCGCCAAUCAACCUAGCAUGUUUUUGGAAUGUGGGAGGAAACAUACAAACUCCACACAGAGAUGGCCGAGGGUGAGAAUUGAACUCGGGUCUCCUAGCUGUGAGGCCUGUGUGCUAACCACUCGACCACCGUGCAGCCCCAAUAAUAGAAUAAUAAUCAUUUGUUGGCGUUCAGGCUUUAGUAGUCCUGACAGUAUUCCUAUAUGGAAGAAGCAUCGUUUGGAAUGUGGGAGGAAACCGGAGUACCCGGAGAAAACCCACGCAUGCACGGAGAGAACAUGCAAACUCCACACAGAGAUGGGUGAUUAUAUCAGAUGAUGUUGGUGUGAAAACGCAACAUUCGUGUGUAAUCGGACAUAACAGGCUCUCCAACAGAAUUAUACAUCCAAUCAUUUGAAAUAGCAGUAGAGAUCAAGCAUUGAAAUAAAGAACACGGCAAAAUCUUCUCACAACUUUCCACUUUAGAUGCAUUUCAGUAAGCCAAACAAAUCUCCACCCACAGGGUUAGGACAUCUGCAACCGAAGGCUUUCAAAAGUAUCUCAUUAUUUCAACAGCAAAAACGACCCGUAUUCGAAGCCGCAAAUGUGUUGUUAAUGCACCUUCAUUCAACCACUGGAGUCCAUUACAUGCAGUAAAAUGUAGAAACACGAUCAUACCCAAAUGACAAUUUAAAUUUAAUGGAUUUUUGGUCAAGCUUAACACACUAACCACCGAUAUCCAUUAUAUGUGCAUUAAACCAUCCAUGGCUGCAUAAGUAGCCUCGGUGUGGUCGAUCAAUACGGUUUAGUGUUUAUAGUGAGCUGGGCGAGGCAGUCGACACGCUGCAGGAAAAGCCAUCACUUGUAUUUAGGAUCCCUAAGACACGACACUUUCUUCUCAUGGAGGUAAGACCAAUAUGUUCAAGGCCACAAAGGAGUGCAUGUCCAACUUGGAGAGUGGAAUGGUCACCAUCAUCAGAGUGUUUCACAAAUAUUCAGGCGACAAGUGCAAGUUAAAGAAAUCGGAGCUCAGAGCUCUCAUCAACAACGAGAUGAGCCAUUUCAUUAAGAAAAUCCAAAGGAACGAGCUUGACGAGCUCUUUGCUGACAUUGACCAGAAUGGAGACCUGGAGAUUGACUUCAAGGAGUUUAUCGCCCUCAUCGGCAUGGUGACAUCAGCGUGUCACGAACUCUUCGUCCCAUCUCACGGUGCCGGAUGCAGGCUCCAGAAGAGACCCAUUGGUUCACAUCCCAAAUACGAACCACCCACUGAAUGAUCCCUGGCCACUGUUGGAGAGUAACACAAGAGUAACACAUUUUUGAGUUUGACAGUUAACUCAACAGUUCAGCUAAAAACUUCAACCAAUCAGAAUGAAUUCCCAAUUAACAAUUACAUUCAGUAGGAAUUUUGUGUCAUCAUGUAUAUGUAUGUUAGU